GGUCGAGCAGCGCGGUCACGGAAGCGGACACGCGGAUCAGGUGCACAGUCUGAAGGUGUUCAUGGCUUCCCCUCUGAAAACGGGCUUCCACAGACUGGACAUCCAGAAAACUACGUGGGAUGUCCCUGACCGAUACACCUCUCUCAAGCCUGUUGGGUCUGGAGCUUAUGGGACAGUGUGUUUUGCAGUCGACCAGAAGACCAAGGAAAAGGUGGCCAUUAAAAAGCUGUACAGACCAUUCCAGUCUCUGAUCCAUGCUAAACGAGCCUAUAGAGAACUCCGGCUGCUGCGUCACAUCCAGCAUGACAAUGUGAUCUGCCUGCUUAAUGUCUUCACCCCUGAUUCUUCGCUGGAGAAAUUUGAUACGUUCUAUAUGGUGAUGCCUUUUGUAGCUCAAGAUCUUGGACACAUAAUGAAGAGGAAACAAUUAACCAGCAAUGUCAUCACUUACUUGUUCUAUCAGAUACUGCGAGGACUAAAGUAUAUCCAUUCUGCUGGGAUCAUUCAUCGGGAUCUUAAGCCUAACAACCUUGCAGUGGAUGAAAACUGUGAGUUAAAGAUCCUGGACUUUGGACUGGCAAGACACACUGAAACUGAGAUGACGGGCUACGUGGUGACACGCUGGUACAGAGCACCUGAAGUCAUCUUCAACUGGAUGCAUUACACUCAAACAGUCGAUGUUUGGUCUGCUGGCUGCAUCCUGGCUGAGAUGAUAACAGGAGAAGUGCUUUUCCCAGGCAGUGACAGUAUUGACCAGCUGAAGAAGAUCCUCAAUCUGACAGGGACACCAAACUCAACGCUGGUUCUGAAAAUGCAAAGCAAAGAUGCGCAGUCGUAUGUCCGCUCUCUUCCAGUCCAAAAGAAAAAGGCCUUCAAAGAGGUGUUUUCUGGAAUGGAUCCAAACGCCAUCGAUCUGUUGGAAGGUAUGCUGGUUUUGGACCCAGAGGUGAGACUUUCUGCAAAAAAUGGCCUUUCACAUCCGUACCUCUCUGAGUUUCAUGACCCUGAAAAUGAGCCCGUGUCUCCUCCAUAUGAUGAUUCCUUUGAGAGUAUGGAUCUGGCUGUCAGCGAAUGGAAAAGUCUUAUCCACAUGGAAAUCAUGACAUUUGACCCCAACAACCCCAGAGUGACUGCAAUGUAAUACCUUAUUUUCACAUUGGGAGAACAACACAUACUCCAAACAGACUCUGGAAAACUGUCUGCUUGCUAAGAUGUGAUAUAUUGGAAAAAACCCCAGCUCCAAGUCAUUUUUGUUGAGAUUACUGUCACAACAACUAUUUUUAAGCAGUGUUUGUUAAUAUUACACAUUUAGAAGAAGGCUAAAGUGUAGAGUUUGACCGUUUUUGAUACUACGCAGAUUCUAAAUGGUGCUGCAAGAGUAGGGGUUGGUGAGGGGGACUAUUUUCAGGUGCUGCAUAAUAUCAUUGUGCCUGCUUCAGCCAUGGUACUGCAGCAAAGUUCCUUGAUUAUUACGCCAGAAUUAGAUUGUAUUUCUCAGCAAAAUCAACCUAGAAAAUAACAACUUAUCAUUUUUCGAUGGCUUUUUUGUGGUCUCUAUGUACAUUUUAUCUCCAUGUAUGUCAUUUGUUUAGAAUGAGAUUUGGAUAUGUUGUUGCUUUUUUGAUAGUAUUACAACACACUGUGAGUAUAUAUAUAUAUAUAUAUAUAUAUAUAUAUAUAUAUAUAUAUAUAUAUAUAUAUAUAUAUAUAUAUAUAUAUAUAUAUAGUACAUCUUAUCAUUUUCCUUUGGAUCUUAUACAGUAAAGUGUUUGAUAAACUGUUUCACGGCAUCAGACUUAA